CUGAAUUUUGCAUAUAAACUCAUGUUGCUAUUGCAUAUAACCUCAUGUUUAAGUUGUUUUUCAUAUUAAUAAGUAGUGUGGUACUCAAUUAAGGUAGAUCAAGAUGUUUUAUCAUAUUUAGGUGGGGGCAGACUCAUUACAUGACUUUGAGUGUCCAUAUUCAGAAUUAGCAACAUAUGUGCACCUUGACGGGUACUGAGUUUGUGGUUGCAUGUUUAAGGAAACACAAGCUCGGGAAAAUCAAAUCUUCAACUUUAUUAGUUGUGGUGCAAAAUACUAAACUGAAGGGGGAACAGCCACCGGGCAAUGAAUAUCAAACCCUUCUUCUGUAUCUAAAGAGUACAAUUACAAUUCCAAUGUCACAUGCAGCCAAACUGAUUUCAAUGUCUGCUUUGACCAUACAGAAGCUGCCAAUGCAAUUGUUGCGUCCAAAGUACUCUUUACUAACAGUGACAAAGAAAAAUGAGCAAUGCAUUUAUGCUUCAAUGUAGCACGGGUGUCAUAAUCUGCAAAUCAUAAACCUAGGUGAAUUCUAUUCCAUAUUCCCUUUGGUGGAAGAAUUGACUGGAUUAGUAAAAUACUAAUGUUUUGGCAUGCCUUAUGAACUCCUUUUUUCUUUUAGGUGAAUAUUGAUAUUGGGACUGGUAUAGUAAGCAAUUCUAAUUGAAUAUUUAACUGCAAUUAUUAGAAUUGGAAAAAAUGUGUGUAUGUGUAUGUGUUGAUCAUCCUUAUGUUUGGUUUAUUGCUUUACCAUGAAGCUGCAAUUUAUAUUAGACACACUUAAUUUUGAAAGUGUCUAAUAUAAUACUUAUUAAACAAAGUAUAGAAAAAAUGGAGACAUACAAUGUAAGCCCACUUCCCCCUCCACAUAUGAACCAACUAGAAAUUCUCAAACUCAAUAAAAGUAUGACAAUCCUGCUUACCUAACAAGUCUCUUGCAUAAGCAACUAUGGUGUACAAUUAAAUAAUGUGCCAAGAAAAAGAGAUAUUUUAAAACUUGAAAAAAGCAAAGUUACUAUCCAUUAUUGUUCUUAUUAUCACAAUUCGUUUGUCACUAAUGAAUAAUUAUUUGAAUGAUAAUAUAUACUUUCUUUUACUUUUGGAGAGAAGUUCCGGGGCAAUGCAAGAUGGACUCAAGGGAUUCCUUGGGCUGACACUUAAUUGAAAUGGCCAGUACAAGUUAUAUCCCAUGAAGAAGUACUCCAAUGUAUAUAGUUUUAGGUAUUGGACACUAUAUGCUUAAAUAUACUAUGUUAUUAAAUAAAGUUCAUUAAUAUAAAGUUCAUUAAUAUUUUAAAUGAUCCCGUGCAUUGCGCGGGUUAAACACUAGUAAUGAUAAUAGAUUGAGAACAGGUCUCACCG